GGUGUCGCACCGGCCGAGAAUAGCGAGAACGGAAACCGGAAAAGAAAAAUAUCACUUGCCAGCCCCGGGACAUGUGUUUCUCCGACGGAGGUCCUCCGCCUUGCUCUCUCUAGCUUCCGCGUUUAAUUGCUAUACGUAAGCUCUGUUAUGACAGCUGUCCUGUACCGUGGAAUUGAGUCGAAAGGCUAGUCCAUCUGUCUCUUCCGUCUGGGGAGUUCGAGUCAUUAUAAGGGAUUUGAAAAGUGGUUAAAAUGGUUUCCAGUUAUCUUCGUCUUUGGGUGUCCUUUGUUUUUUCUUCUUUUUUCUUUUCUUUGUUUUUCUUCUUCUCGUAUCCGCUAUAUUCAACCAUAUUUCGGCCUUCUGAUAAUACAUAUAUAUGUGUGUGGUGUUUUGAAGUGCACUAUAUAUACCCAUUUUCCGACAAGAGAGAAUUCAAAGAUUACACUAUCACCAUCAUCGACGUUAUGACCACCCCAAAUAAUAGCACCGACGACUCUAGUGUCGAAGUGAUGAAGAGUUGGAUGUCACAGAACAUUGCAUGCAUAUCAGAGUCUGCAUCUGUCCAGGAUGCUGGUGACAGAGCUGCAGAAAUGAAGGAGACCUGGGUUGAGUGGAUAAAUGGUUUGGCAGUCCCGAACGAAGCUCUGUUUCUAGUACAAAACUAAUACGGAUUCCACCGCGUCUCGUCUAACGGUAGAUGAUGAGGAGGAAGAAGGUGGUAGCAGUAGUGGCGAGGCGGCUAGCAGCAAGGACAAGAAGUGACGGCUUCUUGAUUUGGUUUGAAUCGGUAUGUGGGAGACCCCUUUCUUAUUGGACCGUGCCACCCCACACACAGAGAAACGCAGGGAAAGUCUGAUUUGAUUCGUGUAGGGUUAUUCUCGGGGUGUAAUAUGUCCGUUACCACACUGCCCGUAUGACAGCACCGAGAAAUGGGUAUAUUCGCUAUACCCGUUUCAGAGUCUUUUUUUUUUUCGUUUUCGUCCAGUUCCUAUUCUAAUCAGCUAUCUCCUCUCAAGAUUAAAUCUCAACUCCCAAAUCUCAACUCUCCUCCAUCGCGGGCGCUGGACUUUCGACAUCUCCACACACCAAGUACAUACAUACAGGAAGAAAAAAACCUCCGCGGGACGGAUAAUAUCAUAAUUAUAAUUAGAGCAAUUUGUGACGCUCUCUCCUCAAGUAUAUCUCUCGUCCUGAAACCAUCGUACAUACUAAUUGGCAAACCCCCAGUUACCUCUUUUCCUGGCAGCAGGACUCCCCCCUUCGAAUACCUGGCUAGACGCCAGCCAGCGCACAAUAUACUCAGGAACCCUACUCCCAAUAGACCCGUGUACAUACAUAACUCCCUCUCCCCUCUCUCUCUCUUGACCUCCUUUCAUCCCGGCUAUCAUGGCAGACACCUCCCCCGCACCACUAUCGCCACCGGUCAAACGGACUUCCGAACUCACCGCAGAAAGCCAAUCCAAAUCACACCUCACGCAGUGGGGCAUACCAAUAGCGGGCGAAUCCAACAAGGCUGACGAUUCAGAAUACCUCCACUAAGGCCGAAAAUGCCUUAUCUAAGUUUCUGGGAAUCCCGACACCUCUACGAUUCCACCCACCAUAACUAUUUCUGCGAGAAAGUUUUGGUUUAUGCGGCGCUGAUUCUGGCGCAGCGGUGUAGCGAAGGACGAAGGGGCAACAGGUGGACUGCAGGAAGUCCGGAUGAUUCUUAGGGGGACUAUCCAUUUUAUUUUUUCUCUUUUUUUUACUAGAUUUGGUUUUAUUGCGGUAGACUCUUUAGAAUAAUGCUUUUCGGGCUUCAUUUGACGCUUGAACUAAUAAUAAUAAUUGUUAAUAUCACGCAAG